UUGUUAUCGUAGGGAGUGCUUUUUAACUUCUCAACAUAUUUUUUACACAUUUUUUGAUAAAUCUAAGCCAAAAUUUAUAAAUAUGUUACCCUCAAAAGAUUCCGCAAUGCUAGUGCCAAAUAUAUAUAAAUAAAUCCAUAACUUAUCCACUUAAAAAAUGCCUCAAAAAAUGUAUUUCAAAAAGUGUCAUAAAAAAAAUAAGUACAACUGCGUACAAUUAACAUGAAAGAAGUUUUUCUUUUUUAUUCAUUACAUUUUCUAACCAUUCAUCCAUUCAUGAGAAAGAAAAUAUAAUAUAGCAUAAUUUUAUGUAUUAAUAAUGAAAUGAAGGCUCUAUUAGUGCUAUUAUUGAGAUUAAUGUGUUUAGUAAAUUUCUCGGCACAAGUUCAAGCCGUGUGCCCUGAAAUAUGUGUCUGUGACAAAAUUAAGAACUCUCUGAAGGUAAAAUGUGGGGGAGGUGCUGCAACAAAGAUUACCAGCAUGAAAGAACUAGACUUUGGAGAGGACACCGAAAACAUCAUUCAAUUGGACUUGGAUGAAAAUCAAAUUUCGCAUAUUUUUAAGGACGACUUUGCAAAUUUUACAAACUUGAAGAAGCUGCAUUUGGCUAACAAUUCACUGCGAUAUGUCGACGAUACAAUGUUCGGAGAGCUUCCAAAUCUGGAAAGAUUGAAAUUGUCAGCAAAUCUUAUUGUGCACAUUUACCAAGGAUCAUUUGAGCGUUUAAAAGCGCUCAAAGUUCUCGAUAUUACCAACAACCCACUAGCUUGCGAUUGUGAUCUGAUAUGGCUAGUUGCCUGGUCUAAUGCAUUACCCGUCAAACUAUAUCAAACGCCAAAGUGUGAAACUCCGAUAGAUUUCAAGGGUGUACCACUUAAGAAGCUGAGGGUGGGAUCGGAUUUGCACUGUGAUUCACAUUUACAACCUCUGCUAGAACUAAAACCAGAUGCAGAUCAGCUUGUUUUUGAGGGAGAUGAAAUUGUUCUAAGAUGUCGAGCGCCAAGAGUAGCUGUUGGUGCACCAAAGGAUUCCGAAGACCUUCCAGCUAAAGCACACGUUUUUUGGGGAUGGUCUGAGAAAAUUGUCGCACCCAAUUCUACCGAUGACAUCGUGUAUAAAGAUCCUACCAAAUAUUUUCCCUCGAUUCAGAUCGAUGCCAAACAUCUCUCUGACAGUGGCCUCUUGGAUUCUAUUCUAAGAAUUCCCUCUGUCACGCGUAAUCACACGGGUUUGUGGGAUUGUCGUUUGCGAUCGCAGCAAGCCAAUUUAUCGAGGACCAUAGCAGUUAUGGUGAUAUCAGAGAAAACAAAGUAUUGCCCUUCUCUGGAGGUGUACAACAAUAAGGGAAAGUAUUUCUGGCCACGUACAAUUCGAGGACAACUUGUACGGCAACCUUGUUUAGGAGAGGCCCUUACGGAGUCUCAUGCAACGUAUUUUUGCAACGAUAACGGCGAAUGGAUGGAUCUAAAUACAUCACUUUGCCCGUUUAUUAGUGAGAACACGAGAAUUCUGGAGCGAUUUGCCGAGGUUAAUCUUUCCUUAGCCAAAGGAAGCGUCUUAGAAAGUGCUAAACGGCUUCGCAAUUAUACGCAGUUUGAAGAAAACUUGCGGAAAUUUCGCGACCCCAUGGACAUUGUGUUUAUAACACGAACUCUAAGAAAUUAUCUGGCAUUUGUGCGCCAGGAAAAGGAUUUGGGUUCAAUGCUGCUGGAUAUUGUCUCACAACUGCUCAUCCUUCCCGAGCGGAUUUUACACGAAGCUCAAACAAUCGAAGGAUGUGGAGUGAAACUAAUAAAUGCUGUAGAAAUAGCCGCCCAGUUUAUACCAUAUAUCCAACACUCCGCCCUGGUGCAAAACACCGAUAUCCAUCAGACAGCUAACAAACCACAUCUAUCCAUAGACUUUUUCACCAUACGCUCGGAUUUGUUUACGGGAAUGUCUUGUACCUGGAUCCGAUCUGAAGUCGAUGAUAAAAAGAGAGUCUUCCAGUGCAACUACAUGAACCAGACCCUUGACAUAUUCGGACAGCACAUUGACGCAUCUAUCCAAAUCCCACCGAACUUCCUGCAUCCGAAUUUCGCCCAUCAAUACAUGUCUCAGAAACUCAUGGUAGCCGUCUAUGAAAAUGGAAACUUCCUGCCACACCAGAAUAACGAAUCCAAUUUGCUUAUAACAUCGGUUGUCAUUGGUGCCAAAAUAAUCUCCGAUUCGGAAAACAUCCGCAAUGUCAGCGAGCCGAUAACCCUGAUGCUUCGAGUACGAGCGCAUCACAAUAAAUUGAGUGCCCCUGUCCCGGCGUGGUGGGAUUCCGAAACGAAUUCGUGGUCAAUCGAAGUGUGUCAAAACUCGUACUACUAUCGGGGCCUGUUGGUCUUUACCUGCAACAAAUUGGGUUACUACGGUCUUUUGCAAAAUCGGAAACACUUGAAUGAUUUCAUUGAUGAAAACGCUGGUGCUCGCUUCAGGUACUCGCCUCUGGGCUUCUAUAUUGGCUGCUCGAUUCUUUUCGUUUGCGUUUGGAUAAAUAUCGUUACGUAUGUCACGUUCGGGCGAUCCAUUCAAAUGGCUCGACGCCAUCGACAUUCGCUCGUGAACACCUGGCUGGCGAUUUCCGCGCUGAGUUUCAUAUUCGCUCUUGGAAUCUACCAAACCGAGGACUACAAGGUUUGCCAAAUUAUCGGAAUAAGUAUCCACUACUUGAGUCUGUGCGUAAUUUUAUGGGUUUGCGUGAGCGUGAGCAACAUGUAUAAACGUCUUUCAAAGCGGAAUCGUCUCCCCAUGGAAGACUUGCCCAAGGAGAACAUCGGAAGCAAGCCAAUUUUAGGAAUAUACCUCGUGGGAUGGGGUAUUGGUAUGAUUAUAUGUGGGAUAAGUGGUGCUGUGAAUAUGCGCGAAUACGCAUCGUAUUCACACUGCUUCCUGGACAAUGGACCGUCGUUGAGUGCGAUUUUUGUUCCAUCUGUUAUCUUACUACUUUUCUUGGCCAUUUUGUUCAUAUGUGUUCGGUGUCAUAUUCGGACUUCAGUGGAUCACAACGGGCAUUUUUCUGAGAUUACUCAGGGGACAGAAAAUGUAGACCUUGAACUGCUUGAGUCUAUCCAUAAUGUGCCACAUCAUUACAACCCCUCAGAGAGAUAUCGAAGCCUUUCGCUGAGUAAUCCUUCCACCAGCAUGCUCGAGGACGUGGAACAUACCAACUUGGCCCAACUAAGGGCACACUUUGUCUUCCUAUUUCUUUAUAUUGUGUCUUGGAUUAGUGCUGCUUCCAGCGUUGCUACGCCUUUUAAGGACACACUUGACUACGAGGAGGAGGCGUUCAGCAUAAUUUUUGCCAUCACAUGCUCCAUCUUGGGCAUAUUUCUGUUGGUCUUCUACUCUAUUUCGCGCAGUGAUGUUCGUUUUCAGUGGAGCCAGUUGAGUUGUCGGAACUUUUGCUGCUGUCGCACACGGAACAUAAGCGACAACACUAAGGAAGUGAACACCACAGUGACCUACCACCAGACCUGCGAAACAGUGCACUCAGCUUCUCGCUCCAAUAGCCAAUGUUCAAAAAACCGACCGCCCAGUUCUCGUAGCAACCACCUAAAAGGAGAAAUGAACCGAAUUGACAGUCCUAGCAAACUGCUAACACCAUCGGGAUCUGCGAGCAUUGUGCAGUUAAAUCGACAGCAAUAUAUGCAUAAUCCGGUGAUUCUCACUCAAGAAAUCCCCAAUGCCGACAUAUUCUACAAUCCCAACCAAAUCAACGUUGCGCGAAAGUUCUUCAAGAAACAGAAACGACUUGCCAAGCGGAAUAACUUUGAAUUGCAGAGACAAAUGGACCGAUGCGAUUACGGCGAUGGUAUGAGCGAUAUUUCUUCAACAGUGGGCAUAGGGCCGUACCACUCAAAUCAUUCAAAUCGACAGAGGAACAUGUCGAUUUUUAGCACAGGGAGUAAGGUGAACAACACCAACAUCCACGUCAGAGGUGACGUAUGUAAUUUUUCCAAAGAAGCACGACAACAGAGCUUGAAUCCAAACAUCCUCUCGGACAGCUGCAACGAGAGCGACAUGAUAGUUGAUGCUGAACGCUUGGUUCUGGGCGCUGAAGGCAUUCGGGCGCUUUCAAAUCGCAGUAAAAUGAACAACAACGAAAUGGUUGCGAAUAUUUAUACCAAUGUCCCGGAAACCGCACAGCCACAGCAUGAAAUUGUAACGAUGCGUGCCGAUGACAAGUUCAGGAAAUCACUGAACGUUGAAAAGUUCCUCGAACAAGAUGAAAUCGAUAUGGAGCACAACGAUCUAAAUUCCCAAAGUGAUCGUAACAUAACUCCGCUCUAUGUCAAUGGAAACAUAAGGAAUAUUAUAACAAAUCGAAAUGCCUCCGCCGCGGCUGAAUCGAGUGGCGUUAGCAGUGUGAACACCAGCUGCAGUCCGAGCAAUACGAUGUUGGAAGCAAUAAUUACAGAACCAGCUAACCUUACUCCCAUAGAUGCAAUGAAUACAAUCGGAUUACCCAUAGUAGAAGUUGGUCCUGCUUUAGUAGAAGGCAGCGUCAACACUCUGAAUACCAGUAGCGAAGAGAUUAGCCUGAAUUUGGACAAGAACGAAACGUAUGUUUCAGAGUCGAUACAGAUUGCCGAUAGAGCCUAUUACACAGGAGAAGAUGCUCCCAUCAGGAUAACCCUGCAGAGAAGAUCAAAAUCUAUGCUAAGCCUCAACGCCGAACUAGAAUUCAUCAGAGGAGGUGGAAGUGGGAGAAAACGCUUUGUCAAUUAUAGUAAGAACCAUGUGCGGUCAAUUUCUUUGAGUAACAUGUCCCAGAAGCAAGACGAGUUUCUCGAUAGUACAAUUGCUAAUCCAGUUCCGAUUCGGACAAUUGCCGAAAACCGGCCGGGUCUCAGUAGCCCCAUAUUAUUUUCACCCAGCCUUUGCGAAAUCAAUGAUUUGCCUUCGCCACAAGACCGCCGAAAACCUCUUGUCGCUCCCGCCGAUGAUGAGUCUAUUUCACUAGAUGAUGCUCUAAGUGAGGCUGCUGCCUACAGUCAAGGCAGCAAUGUCAACUCGGAUUCGCUUAAUAUGUUUGCCCUCAGUAUUCGACGGACAUUUGCCUCAAGUCCUGCAUGUGAAAGUGAUCUUAAUUACCAAAACUCAGAGCUCAGCAUUCGAAGUCAUGGACUGUACGCUCCUCAACCGGAUAACGAUCUAAACUUGACCCUUACCGGCGAUGUUUAUUAUCCCUACCAAUCUUCAGAAGUGAGCGAAGCCGAUGAAGCCGAUAACGACUUCGAUGAAGAAAAUGAUUACGAUGACUUCAACAGCUGCUCUAAUGAUUGCCUUUUGCCAUCGGAAAACGCCGAACAAGACCAUCGUAGGAGUCAUACCUCCUUAGAUGAAUUGUACGAGCAAAUUACCCGGAGAUCAACUUCGCAUACCUCAGAUUUGGAGAGAAACGCCGAAGGUUGUUCUGUUAUAAGCAAGCCUUGCGAUUUAAGUGAAGUCGAAACUAAAAGCAAUCAAACAGCAACCAACAGCCAGAAAGAUACUACUGCCGAGACAGUAGAAGACGAUAGUAGCCAAGACAGCAUUAUUUCGUACAUCGAUCCAAAUGGACGAGGGGCGGCUGCUAGCUCACUGAUUUCGCAGCAAAAGUAAUACUCGUUCGUUUAUUUUUAUUGUUUACAAAUAAAAAUGCAUUUAUAUAUAUAUGUACAAUUUUAGUAAAUAAGCAAGAGUAUUUAUUUAUCGUAUUUUAAAUAUCUCAGCAGAUUUUGUUUGUUUUUAUCAACAUUUGUUUACCGCAUUACUCUACUCUAAUCGCUAUAUUUAUUCGUUUUGCAGGUAUAACGUACAUUUUUAUAUCAUAACAAACACAUUAUUUUAAUUUUACGAUGUAAGCUUUUUUGUCGUUUCUCCUAACAUAGACUGAACAUAAUAAUUUUAAAGAGAAUUUUUAUAAACAACAACGAGAUCCAUUUUAAAUAAAAUAAAAAACAAAACAAAAAAUAGAUAAUAGUUCUUGCCUGAUCGUCUUAGUUGUUAAAGAAUAGAAUCAGAAGAAAUUGUAUUAAGAUGUAUGUAUAAGUUUUUUUUUCUAUUCAUAAAUUAUUGUAAAAAUUUGUUUAAAUAAAGCCAGAGUUUGAAAUUUUCA